AUGGCCAGCUCGAAGCUCAUAGGGUUUUUGUUCAUGGCUGUGCUGAUCACGGACUUGGCAUUUGCAGCGACGUCAUCCCACCGACGAUUACGAUCAUGGAAUGCCAAUGGGUCAUCGUCAUUCGGCACCGGCUACAGUUGGUCGUCGUCGAAGUCCUUCGGUGGCGAUGGGUCGGCAUCGGCUGGCGCUGGUGGGUCCGGAUAUCAAGGAGGAGUUGAUGAUCGGAGAUUUGAGUACGGCGCCCGACGGUGUGUCAGAUAUCGGUAUGGCGGCCAAUCAUACAGUGGAGGCAGCGGCAGAGGCGGUGGAGAUUCCAAUCACUUUAAGGUUGCAACCAGAGGUUGGACUGGGCGUGUAGGGGGUGGCGAUGCGGGUGGUGGAAAAGGUGGCAGUACUAUUCAUCGUCAAGAAGCUAACAAAGGUGGUUUGGAGUAA